CAAUGAAUAAAGAAAAAGACAAACAAAAACAGGAAUCUACGUUGGGUUUUCCAUCGAGACUUACUUUGAGUUGCUGAGUUAUCUACCUAUUAAGUAUCACCCACUUUGAACCUUUCUUCAUUAACCAACAUACUCUGCAAGAAAUCUUUUACACGUCAUUUAUAAAUAUAUUUAGUAAAUCAAUAAUGGAGAUCAAAGCUAGAGCUCCUGGGAAAAUUAUACUCGCUGGAGAGCAUGCUGUGGUUCAUGGGUCAACUGCCGUAGCUGCCAGCAUUGACCUCUGUACUCUUUGCUCUAUUCGUUUUCAUUCUGAUUCUGAGAAUGAUGAUAUGCUGAACCUGUCUCUGAAAAGUGUGGGAUUAGAAUUUUCAUGGUCAGUUGGAAGAAUUAGAGAAACACUUUCUCACUUGGGUGGUCCUUUCCCGUCAACACCCACUUCAUGCUCAACAGAAGCUGUUAGAUGUAUUGCAGCUCUGAUUGAAGAACAAAACUUUCCUGAGGCUAAAAUCGGACUUGCUACUGGAGUGUCUGCUUUUCUCUGGUUGUACACCUCUAUUCAAGGGUUUAAGCCCGCCACAGUGAUUGUUACAUCUGACCUCCCAGUUGGUGCAGGUCUGGGCUCAUCAGCUGCAUUUUGUGUCUCACUGACAGCUACUUUAUUGGCAUACUCAGAUUCUGUGAGUUUAGAUAAGAAUCAGCAAGGAUGGCUCGCAUACGGGGACAGUGAUCUUGAUCUAUUAAAUAAAUGGGCUUUUGAAGGUGAGAAGAUAAUUCAUGGAAAGCCAUCCGGACUUGACAACACAGUCAGCACAUAUGGCAACAUUAUCAAGUUCAGGUCAGGUAAUCUGACACGCAUCAAGUCCAAUAUGCCACUGAAGAUGCUUAUUACUGACACUAAAGUUGGGAGAAACACUAAGGCAUUAGUUGCUGGUGUUUCGGAUAGAACCUUGAGGCACCCUGCUGCCAUGGGUUUUGUGUUUAAUGCUGUUGACUCUAUUGGCAAGGAACUGUCUACCCUUAUUGAGUCACCUACUCCUGAUGAGCUCUCCACGACUGAGAAGGAAGAGAGGUUACAAGAGUUGAUGGAAAUGAAUCAAGGUUUGCUCCAAUGUAUGGGGGUCAGCCAUGCUUCUGUAGAAACCAUUCUUCGUACAACAUUGAAAUACAAAUUACCUUCCAAGUUGACUGGAGCUGGGGGUGGGGGCUGUGUGCUUACACUGUUGCCAGCGUUGUUAUCUGGAAAAAUUGUUGAUAAAGUGAUGGCAGAGUUGGAGUCAUACGGAUUCCAGUGUUUUGUUGUUGGAAUUGGUGGAAAAGGUGUUGAAGUUUGCUUUAGUGAGUUGUCCUGACAGAAGCAGUGCAUAGAUCACGAAAACAUCUAUUGUUGUCAUCAAAUAAUCGCAUGAUAAUGUAAGAUCUAAGGUUAUAACCUUUUCUGUUCUUCCAGUUUGAUUUGUAGAUUAGGCUGGCUGUUGUAUUUCUAAUCUUCUUUACCACUUCACUUAUGAGAUGAGUCUGUUCUCCC